UCUCUCUCAUUCUUCAUCCGCCACUCCUUUCUCUCUCUAAAACCACCACCACCUCCUCUCUCUCUCUCUCUCUCUCUCUCUCUCUCAAGCUUCUUCUUCUCUCUAUUUAUCUCAGUCUCUCGGAGUCUCUGUGAGGAAUCGAUGAUGGUGGCGAAGGACGAGUGGACGAGGGCGGCGAUGGCGGACGACGUCCUCGUCGUCGAGCUACUGAUUCGGCUCAAGGAGUCGCGAGCUUCGUCCUCGUCGUCGUCGCUUCUCCAGUACUCUUUCACGGCCAAGUCCGUGCUUCCGCGGUGGGGGAUGCGGCUGCCACGCAGCAAGGCGUCUUCGUCGUCUGCGGCGGCGGCUGCGUCUUCCUCGAGAUGCGACGUCGUGUGGCGGAGGAGUAGCAGCUGCAAGAAAGACGAUUCGACUAGAUGCAGCCCUACCACGCCGCUGUCGUGGAGCAGCGGCAGCGGCAGCGGCGGUGGCUCGCCGUCCGGCACUGCCGAUGGAUGCGAAGAGUCCAGCCGGCCCAGAUCCAAGGGUACUGCUACAUAUGAAUCAGCUAGCACCACCAAUGGAGUCAAGAGGGCAAGGAAGAAGAAGUCAUAUGAUGAGCUUAAAGAGGAGGAAACUUCGUUGUUGAGAGAAAGGACUAAUCUGAGAAAGGAAAUAGCGACAUUACAGACUACCUUGAAAGAGCAAAGAGUCAAAAAUGAGAAUUUAAAGAGAGUGAAGCUUGACUUGAACUUGCAUUCUCCUGCCUCAAAUUUGAUCGCGUACUUUGAUGGAGCGGAGAAUGCUAUUGCCAGUCAGGCCCAUCGGAGAUUAGCACCACCUAGUUUCACACAUUUGCUCUCACAUGCCACACCGACACCGUAUGUUCAUCCGUUUCCACAAUUGGAUCCCGGCCAUGAACACAAGGCUGUUUCUUCAUCUGAAAACAAUUCUUUCGUGCUGCCUGAUCUAAACAUGCUGCCUGAUCUAAACAUGGCACCUUGCGAGGAGGACUCUGGUUCGGGAAUGUUAUACGGGUUGAGCUGAUAAUGGUGUUUCAAAUGUAACAUAGCACAUUGUCAGGGAGCUCUUCAAAAAUACCAUAACUAGAGUCAGCACUCAGCAGCAGUUACCGAUAUUUUAACCUGCUCUGAAUCUCAUUGUUUUAGAAUUACCAUUUGGGAAGUGACUUGUGGAUGGAGAGAGAGCUUUGAGGGGUUUGUGUUUAGUAUAUUAGCAAUAGACUUUUAAUUAUGUGACACAUAUUCCUGGAAUUCUUUUUCUCUUAAUAUAUUUUCUCCGGGGUAAAAACCCUCGUUUUACU